AUGUACGUACCUCUUUUCUAUAUAAUGCAGAAGAGCUGGUCACUCUCCAAGACCAGCUACAGCCUAGAGCUGAGCAUUGCAUUUGGUGAUAGACUGGCGCUUGCUCACCCUGCCAUGACGUCCAAGGUAGCCAACAGCUCCGGCAGCGACAAUGCGGAUGCCAAGCUAUCGCCGUCGGGGCUCCCCGUCCGGGAGGUCCCGGGCGGCUACGGCGUUCCCUUCUUGUCGCCGCUGCGCGACCGCCUUGACUACUACUACUUCCAGGGCGCGGAGGAGUACUUCCGCUCCCGCAUCGCCCGGAACGGCGGCGCCACCGUGCUGCGCGUCAACAUGCCCCCCGGGCCGUUCAUCACCGCCGACUCCCGCGUCGUUGCCUUCCUCGACGCGCGCAGCUUCAGCGUGCUCCUCGACGACGCCAAGGUCGACAAGACCGACACACUCGACGGGACCUUCAUGCCCUCCCUCGCGCUCUUCGGCGGCUACCGCCCGCUCGCCUUCCUCGACGCUGCCGACCCCCGCCAUGCCGCGCUAAAGCGCGUCAUGAUCAGCCUCGCCGCCGCGCGGAUGCACCACGUCGCGCCGGUCUUCCGCAUCGCCUUCGGCGCCGUGUUCGACGCCGCCGACGCCGGCCUCGGCGACGGCCCCGUUCAGUUCAACAAGCUCAACGAGCACCACAUGUUCGACUUCACCUGCUCCGCACUGUUCGGCGGCACGCCGCCGAGCAAGGCCAUGGGCGACGGCGCCGUGACCAAGGCCAUCAAGUGGCUCGGCGUGCAGCUGCACCCGCUCGCGAGUAAGAUCAUCAAGCCGUGGCUGCUCGAGGAUCUCCUUCUCCACACCUUCCGCCUGCCACCGUUGCUGGUUCGCCGUGACUACGCCGACCUGACAGCGUACUUCGCCGAAGCUGCCGCCGGCUUCCUCAACGACGCUGACAAGGCGCAGUCCGGCAUCUCACGCGACGAGCUCCUCCACAACCUAGUCUUCACCGCCAUCUUCAACGCCUACGGAGGCUUCAAGAUCUUCCUGCCGCACGUCAUCAAGUGGCUAGCCCGCGCCGGCCCGGCUCUGCACGCCAGGCUCGCCAGCGAGGUCCGCGCCGCCGUGCCCAACGGCAGCGACAUCACCGUGUCCGCCGUCGACAAGAUGCCGCUGGUGAAGUCGGUGGUGUGGGAGGCGCUGCGCAUGAACCCGCCGGUGGAGUUUCAGUACGGCCGCGCGCGCCAGGACCUGGUGGUCGAGAGCCACGCCGCCGCCUACCAGGUGCGCAAGGGCGAGAUGCUCUUCGGGUACCAGCCUCUGGCGACCCGCGACGAGCGCGUAUUCAAGCAGGCCGGCGAGUUCGUCCCUGACCGGUUCGUGGGCGGCGAAGGGCGGCUGCUCGGGAACGUGGUUUGGUCGAACGGGCCGGAGAACAGCGAGCCGGCGGAGGGGAACAAGCAGUGCCCCGGGAAGGACAUGGUGGUGGCGGUCGGGAGGCUGAUGGUGGCGGAGCUGUUCCGGCGGUACGACACAUUCACCGCCGACGUGAAGGAGAUGCCGCUGGAGCCGGUGGUGACGUUCACUUCGCUGACCAGGGCCAAGGCGGAGUGA